UUUAGCUUUGUGUUAAUCACACUGCUCGAGUUUUAUUUUUUCUGACUCACUCCGUGUCAUCCCUCCAGCCUUAUAAUGCCGCUGGUCUGUAAAGACAUGGUGGAUAUUCUGGACAUGGGAGUCAACAGCACCAGUGCUAAUCACACCAGUUUGUCCAACUUUGCUUUUCUUUAUGGAGUCUUCCCAACUGCGCCCAGUGUGGCUAUCUAUGCUGGACACUAUAACAUGGAGUUAGAGGUGGUAACAUCAGGGAUGGUAAUCAGUACAUUCCUGUCUGCUCCGAUCAUGUAUGUCUCUGCCUGGUUAUUAACAAUCCCUCUAAUGGAUCCAACCCCUCUGGUGACAGAGCUGGAAAACGUUAGCUUUAAUAUUAGCAUCGUCAGCCUCGUAGCGCUGGUGUGGACCAUAGUGGUGAUGUUGCUCAGCAGAAAAUUUAACAGACUUCCUCACCUGUUUGUGUUGAAUCUUUUCCUAGCUCAGUUCCUGGUGUGUGUCAGUAUGAUCUUGUGGAACUUCCUGGUGAAACAGGAAGAUAAUCUAGUCGGGAAGAUUCUCACCUUCACUUUGCUCUAUGGGUCUCUGUACAGCACAUAUAUAUGGACAGGUUUAAUACCCCUGUGUCUGGCUCUGACUAACAGAGACGAUCUGCUGAGGCUCCGACCAGGAGUCUUCAUGAUUCUGGGUUGGGGAGUUCCCUUCCUGAUGGUUGGAGGUCUUCUGAUAUCAGGAGAACGGACUGAAACCAUCGACUCGGCCUUCUUCUAUGGCAGAGCUCAGAUAAUCAGCACUGCAGUGGUUCUCGCCAUUAGCCUGGUCCUUGGUGCAAUGUCUCUGAUGGGCCUCAGUCAGGGCGACAGGGAGCAGAGCGGCUACCAGGCCCUGAGCAGAGCUGCUGUAACGGGGAUCAACGAUGAACUGAUGGCCUCUGCUGGCCUGGAGGAUCCACAACAGCAACAACAACAACAGACACAGGUGGCAACUUCACCCGCCUGUAGCUUCAACUCAGACCUCCACAGUUUCUCUCCUCUUCAGCCAAUACCUGACAUGAUCGCGAGCACUCAGAGGGAGCACACAAUCAGAACCGGUCACAGUGGGGCGCUGUGUGACAGCCAGCAGCAGAGUUCUUCCUCCUCUGAGCAGCCACUGAAUCUUCCUCCUCCAGGUCCUCAAACCACUGAUGAUAAACAGACUCUGAGACACAUUCUGCUCUGUCUGCUGCUCUUCGUCAGCCUGCUGGCGAACCUGUCCAGCUGUCUGUGGUGGCUCUUCAACAAAGAUCCAGGAAGACUUUACCUUGAACUGCAGUUCUUCUGUGCUGUGGCCAACUAUGGACAGGGUUUCCUAUCCUUUGGGAUUUUUGGUCUGGACAGACACCUCAUCAUCCUGCCUUUCAAGAAGAGGCUGCUCAGUCUUUGGCAGGGCAGAGAAACUGAGGAACUGAGUCCUUCAGCUGUACCAGAGGAGGUCCGACUCACCUGCACUCAGUUUGUCCGCUACCACAAAGACCAGUGUGUACAAGACAUAGUGCACACUCGCAGCGGCUCAGGGGAGAGUGUGAAUGCUUCGACAGGUGAAUCCUUCCUCUGAUAGUAACAGGUUUGGAGGAUGGCGUGAGGUCUAUAGUGCAGUUUUGAGACAUUCCCCUUCCCGUCAAUCCCAACACCUUCAGGAGCAACUAAGCCAUGAGUCGCAAUAUCUGUACCCCUUUCAUGAAAAUCAAGAUCCUGCUGAAUCCAAUGGCCAGCAUUCGCCUUCAUCCCAACUUCACCCAGAGUCUGAGAAGAAACACCGACUACAUAUUCCCAAUCCCAGUGCACCCGAGGAACAGAUUUCCCAACUUCAGUCCAACCAAACUGAGAACCAGCAGGGUUUUACUUCAGUCAUGUUUCGAGGCAGCAACCUGGUGAACUGGCUGCUUGAACAAGGCCUCUGCUCCGGGCGGAUCGAGGCUGAAAUCUACGGCGCUUGUCUUCAGCAGGGAGGAGUGCUGGAUCAUUUGACAGGACAGCACUGCUUCAGGGACAAACCAACCCUGCUUUACUGCUUCAUACAGGGGAAAGAUGAACCCAAGGAAGAGGAUGAACAAGGUCGGAGGUAACUGCGGCAACCACUAUGGCCGUGUUAUGCCAAAGCAGAAGUGCCUUAUGGUGCAUUUUGUCUGGUUUUGAAGGAAAAAAAAUACAUAGUCUGGAUUAGAUGAGUAAUUCAGAAGUGUAGACAUUUUACUCUACUGUGACACUUUUGCGCCAUAUUGAUAUUAAGUGGAACAUUUGAUGGAUUUUUACCUUGACUGACAUUUGUCUCGGCUGUUCGCAGUGGUUUCCCAUUGCUUCUCCACUCAACCUUAAACCUGCAGCCCAAAUGUGAGAAUUACUAGCUGAGCCGACUGAGAGGCUGCAUUUAAAGAGAUGGUCAGUUAAAUGAUCAACGAAGCGCCCCCUGCUGAUACCUAACCCCUCCUGACUUUGGACCAGUUUUUUUUUUUGUUUGUUUCACUUUCUCCACUGCUCUGAACUUGAUGGCUUUUUGAUUUGAGUCACUGUGAAAUGUGAACAGGAUUGUCUGUCAUCCUUAAAACAUCAUUUAUGUACAAGCCAGUGAGGAGAAGAGCAGACCCGUAAACCAACAGGACUGUUCACUGAAAGCCGACGAUAUCUUUCCCACAGGUUUUUAUGUUUCUAGGGGUCAAAUGAUAUGUUUUCUUUUCUUUUUUCUGGGCAGAUGCCGAUUAUUAGUUAUCAAGAAGACCAGAUACCUGCUGUAAUAAUGAAAAUCUUAGCGUAAAAAUUUAGAAUAAUUUUGUUGAAAGGGCUUCAUUUUUUGAUGUUAAAUUAAGAGAACUCAUCAACUUUAAUUUGUCAGUGUUGAUAAGCUGUUACUUGUGAUGCAUAACCAAUCAGAUAGCACAAAAUAACGUUAUAGAUAAUUGGACAAAUGCUGAAUAUCAGAUCCAAUUAAGCAUGUAAAUUGAUUGUUUGCCAUUAACGUUUUAACCAAUUGAAAAUACAUGUUGUUGAUUAGAUAUACACUACCAGGCCAAAGUUUGGACUCGCCCCUAAUUUUUCUGUGAUUGGUUUAUAUUACCUAAAUUAUGAGCGCAAUUUAGCCAUGUUUCAUUUCUAAUCACAUUAGAACUAUAGAUAAGAAUACUGAAAACAAAAUUGAAGCAUCUUGCAUAUAAUACUGUUAAUAAGCUGUCUAAAUCUGUGACUCAUCAAAAUAGUCUCCUUUAGCUUUGAUAACUGCUUGACAAAUUUGAGGCAUUUCUUGCAAUCAGUGACAUGAGGUAAUCACUUGAAAUUUCCUCCCAUGCUUCUGCCAAUAUCUCAUAAAGGUUUGCAGCACUUGUGGGUUGCUUGUUCUUGAUGUUUCUGUCCAGUUCAUCCCAUACAAGUUCGAUGGGGUUAGGGUCAGGGGAUUGAGCUGACCAAGUCAUAAUCCUUAUCUUUCCCUCCUCUUCUUUCUUGGCCAGAUACCUCUGACACAGUUUGGAGGUGUGCUUUGAAUCGUUGUCUUGUUGUAGUGUGUAUGGCUGUCCCACUAAACGCAGCCCAGAGGGAAUGGCAUGCCUCUGUAAGAUACUGUGGUAUCCAUGCUUAUUUAGAAUUCCUGUGACUUUGUGCAGAUCACCAGUCUGUCCCCCUGCAAAACAGCCCCAGACAUCACGCUACCUCCACCAUGCUUUACUGUGGGAACAACACACGCAGGACUCAAGUGUUCUCCAGCCCUACAUCAAACGUACUUUAGCCCACUGAAGUCUCUUCUUUAUGUUCUGCCUUCUUAACAGUGGUUUCCUGGCAGCUACCCUGCCUUUCUGACCAGAUUCCCGCAGUCUACACCGCACAGUAUCCACUGACACAUUAUUGCUCCUGGUUGAGUUUAGCUGAGCUCUUAUUUCUGGGGCUGUCUUUUGUCUAUUUCGAAGACUGGUGACCCUGAUGAACUUAUCUGCAGCUUUAGACGUGACUCUGCUUCUACCAGAACGAAAUCUGUCUUCAUGUGAACCUGUUUCUGUUCAUAUCUCUUUAAUGUUUUUGCAACUCCACUUUGUGAGACUUUGACUUUCUGAGCAAUUUGUCUUGUAGAAUAGCCUUCUUUUUUCAGAACCUGAAUUUCAAUCCUUUUUUCUUUGCUUAACUGAAGUUUUCUGGCCAUUUUUCUGCUAGUUCAAAUUUAUAUAUUUUUCAAAUUAGCUAAAGAGAUUCUUCUUUCCAGAAAUUGUCAGUCUUUAUUAUCAACUCAAAAAGGUAACACAAAAUAUUUGUGAACAGAGUAAAGAACUGUGAAUCAGGGUGUGAAAAACAUUCUAUUGGGACGGCAUAGUUAUUACAGGGGACAUGCAACCCUUUGUAAAGAUAUUUUAAGUGUUUUAGCCAAACAAGAUAGGGUAAUGUUGCUACCUAAACCUUCUGGUAAUGCUUUCAUUAAUAAAUGCUUAGAAAUAUUCCUACUUGAGUGCCAUACCUGAUUAAAUUUUGUUCGUAGCAUACUCAUGAAUUUUCUUGCAAUAAUUAGAAAUAACAAAUUGCUAAAGUUAGCUCUUAAUUGGGGUUCCAGGUUGUUCCACCUCUUUUUGUUUAAUGUUGUAGUGACCCGAGGAAGCGGUCACUCAGAUAGCGAGAAAUUUUGCUUUGUCAAGCAGACAGCACUGUGAGUGUUUAGCUAGCAACAAGCCACCAUGACAAAGACUUCUGAGAUUGUUAAUGACUUCUUGCCAUAGCUUAUGAGUAAAUGAUGAGCCUAAGUCUACAAGGUCAACCACCCUACAGCCCAAUAGCUCAUAAAACCCACUUUUAUUGUGAACAUCACGUUUCUAUCACAUUUUUUAUCUUCAGAUGUUAUAUUUACAAGACUUAAUGACAUAAUUAUUGACAUACUUUCUUUAGCUCCCAAUUGACCACAACAAAAAUUCAUGUGACUGUUAAGGACUUCUUGCCAGAGCUUAUGAGCCUAAGUCUACAAUGUCAUCCACCCUGUAGCCAAACAGCUCAUCAAGCCCACUUGUACAGUGAACGUCACAUGUUUCUAUCACAUUUUCUGUCUGCAGAUAGAAUAGUAUUUACCAGGCCUAUUGACUUUAUUAUUGACCCAAUUUUUCACAGUGGGCCACCAUUACAAAGACUUCUGUAGCAGUUAAUGGGUUCUAGUCGAAGUUCACAAUCAUAGGAUGAACCUAAGUUUAAAGAACUGCUGAAUAGCUAAAAACAAAAACAAAAAACUGUCUGCACAUGGAAUAAUAUCCUAACACUCGUUUGAAUAACUAAUUGAGUGAUGAUGCUACCAGCUUUUGGUUUAGGUUUUUGUAAAUUUAUUUUUUAUUAAUUGUGCAUCCCUAAAUCUCAUAAUCUGUUGACCCCUAAUGUUGUCAGGCCUGUUACUUUAGCAUUUUCUUAUUUUGCAUGCUGUAUCUUUUAAUCACUCUGGUCUACACUGACAACUUCCAUGACACAGAGCAAGUACAGAGCAUUGUGGGGGUUUAGCUAGCAAUGGGCCACCAUGACAAAAACAUCUGUGACGGUUACUGACUGCUGGCCAGAUUUAAGAAUGAGCCUACGUCUAUAAGGAGAACUGCACAAUAGCUAAAUGGCAAAGUGGCAAAUAGCUCAAUCUGCACAUGGAAUAUUCUUCACUAGACCUCAUCAUUACUGGUAACGCUGCUGACUACUGGUCAAAAAUAUUGUUUAAAUUUUACAUCUCCAGAUCUGACAGUUGGUCAAACUGAUAUUUAGUCAGCCUCUAAUAUUUUAAUGUUUUGUUUCAGAUGAAAUUAUCUAGAUUCUGCCUGUUACUCAGUACUUUGCUAGUUUGCACGCUGUGUCUUUUAACCACUUUGACUACUUGCAUGACUCAGAGCAGGACUGACUCCUGAACUUUUUGCACUGACUGAAUAAUGACAUAUUUCAUGUUUUUGAAUUAUGCAACUCACCAGAUAUUUGUCUUGUGAUUAUGCUGCAGAAAAUGUUUAUCUUAGUGUCUUGUAAUUGUUUUGCCCCUUUUAGUUUGAAACAUUUGUUCUGGACUGAUCUUUUCGCUAAAGUAAUUCAUUCAAUCAGGGUGGAAAUUUCGCACAGAUUCCUUCUUCAUCCAAAUCUGGGUCUAGCUUGAUUUAUUUCUUUGGCAAUGAGUUGAAGCUGGGCACAAACAAAUGUAGUUGUUGUGACUACACAUCUAUACGUCAUUCCAUCUCAAAUCCUCACAUUUUUAAAAACACUUUGUGCUCAGCCAUCUCUGAUUUGCCAGAAUUUUUGUAGAGCCUAAAAUAUGAAAUUAAUUAAGACAUUUGUGCUUCAUAUGUCAAACAUUUUCCUGUCAACCCACUUUCUAGGCCAUUUACAUUAAAAUAUUUUACGAUUCCACAGAAACUCCAGAAACUUUUUAAAAAAUAAACUCAGAUUUUUGGCUGAAAUGUGAAAGAAACUGAAGCAGUUACACAAAAAUCCAAUUUCUGAGCAUAAAUUAACAACAUUAGAUCAAAUAAAAGUCAACUAGUGAUAAUUUUUGAACCAUUAUGUAGUUGCAUGUCACAAUAAGAGCAGAAGGCACUUAAAAGUUGAGAUGCAUUUGACUUUUUUUCUGAAUUUUGACAAUGAAACAGCCACAAUUGCAGUCUUGAUGUGUUCUUCUACUUUCUCACAGUUUACCUUGCUGUAUGUUGCUCACAUAUACACAAAAAAACACUACUUAACUGUUUACAGCUAUUUUUGCCUGUUAGGUUGCUGAUUUGCAGUAUUGUUACUGUGAAGUUUAGUGUGUUGGCAAAGGUGGCAGAAGAUGCAUUGAUGGUAAUGCACACAAAAAACACAUCAUCAAGCUAAUGCUGGUUGUAAGCAUGCAGACAAGUGGUUUUAUUUAAAUUCUUGCCAGAUUUGAAUGAAACCUCAAGCAGAUUUGUUGAUUUCUGACCUUUAAUAAAGUGCAGACUGUCCAAACGAUAUUUGUGUAUUAAUACCUUUUCCUCAUCAGACAACAAAUCUACAUGUGCAUUAGUUUCCAUCUUUGCAUCUUCUGCUACCUGACAAUAUACCAGUUCAUGCAGUUCACAUCAGGUCCUUGUGUUUAAGGAGAUGAUAAAAAUGGGAUUUCUUUUCGAGUGCCUGCCUCAGUAAAUGUGACGUGUGUCUGUCUGCAUGCAUUUAAAGCAUCUUUGAAUUUCUGUGUGGUGUGUUUGUGUGGAGGAAAGUACAACUGUGGACGUUAAAGUGUGUUGCUGUGGUCAGUCGGUCAGUGACUGUCAAAGGCACAAAUAAAAAAAACUGUUUGCAUCUAAA